GGCGAAACAUGGAGUAGGCAUAUAAUUAUGAAGUCGUGGAAGAAUACAUUAGAAGAUGCUGUCCGCUUACGCCAGGUUUAUUGUUCGACACUCUUACCUAGUUCUGUUUGCUGUAAGUGCCAUAUCCACUAUCUUCACCGUAAUCCCGCUUGUGUGUCGCGAACUACCGUCAUUCUCCGAUCCUUUAGUUGGGUUCGAAACCCGAGGCACAACUUUGGCGAGUCGUUUCAUAGCGUGGGAAAAUCUCAUCGACGAAACGAGACCUUCCAAGCGGCUCGCUGUAAACCCUCAAGAAAUAGAAGACCAAAUUCGUAUGAAUCGCACUUACAGUAAUAAGACCAGACCAGAUAGACCUAGGUCAAGCCAUGGUCACCCGCCUAAGAAAAAAGAUCGGAAGAAAAAGAAAAAAGGUAAUAACAGUACAGGGUUUGAGAAAAUUUGGUAUGAUCCUCCAGAAUUAAAUAAUUCUAACAAUCAUGUACAUUGGGGGUUUGGUAAAAAUGUUUCAUUUGAAGAUGAAGAUACCCAAUUCAUCAGAGAUCAUACAAGGAAACAGUGGAAGACUCUAAAAGAGAUGGAACGGAAACCUGAUAUGCCAAUCUACCAUAAUUAUGCUUAUGGAACUUGUGGCGCACCAAUGGCAGACUAUGCUCAUUUAGUUAUACAUAACAUAGAUAACACAUCUCUACUUACUUUUGAUAAUGUGGAGAAAAUGUGCACAUUACAAUCUUUGCUUGUGAAAUUAGGGGGCAAUGAGUAUUAUGAAUUAUGCCAAAGGUCGACUCACUCGGAGGACAUAUGUUGCCCCGUGUGGAGCGUGCCAAAUUACAUAGCUUUAAUAUCUGGCAAGAAUUCUUGCGAAAACGUGACUAGGGAGGAUGUGAACAAGACUGCUGUUAUUUUGAAAAAAUGUGCAGCCUAUUUUCAUAAUUUCUCUUUAAUGGCCUCAUGCGAAUUAGAUCGUUGUAAUGUCCCUAAGUAUUGUGCACAGUAUGAUGCAGUGUACAAUUUAUUGUUUUAUUUAGUAGACACUGAGGCAUUCUCACCUCCUGACUAUUCACAAAGUUUUGUCAGAAAUGCUAUGAUAUUCCUUCCAUUGCCAGCUAGUAGUACAGUAUUACCAUAUUAUAAUAAAUUACAAAGUUCAAACCUAUCUUAUGAUACUCUUGUUAUACCGGCCAUAGACUUUGGACUGAAAAAUGCACUUUUUGACUUAUGGGUUAUACAAGACACUUGGUUGAUAGGUCUAGGGGGAAUUUUUGUAUUCCUGUGUGUGUUGGUUUAUACUAAAUCUCUAAUACUCACUUUGCUGUUAUUUACAGCUAUUACAUAUUCACUUGGAAUAGCAUACUUCUUGUAUGUGUAUGUGUUCAAUUUGUACUUUUUUCCUUUUAUGAAUUUAUUAGUCAUAGUUGUUGUAAUAGGUAUUGGGGCUGAUGAUGCAUUUCUAUAUGUAAAAGUUUGGAAAAUGGUAGGAAAGCAAUUGAUUCGUGACAAUGUGGUUAACCAAGACAAUGGCUUAAACGACAUAAAGAAUGUAUCCAGUGCAGGAGAAACUAUUCUUGUACAGAUUCUUGAAGAAACCCUGAAACAUUCAGUGGUAGCUAUAUUUGUUACAACUAUAACAACUGCAAUUGCAUUUUUUGCUUCCUAUGUAAGCUACAUUCCAGCUAUUAACUGUUUUAGCGUAUUCGCUGGAACAGCUGUUCUAGUCAACUUUUUUCUAAUGAUAACUUGGUUGCCUGUAUCAGUAUUCAUAAUAGAUGUAAAAUGGUCUACAAAUAAAAAAAAUAUUAUAGGCAUAAUGCAUAAAGCUGCAAAUGAGAUUUGGGAGGAUAUCAGAGUAAUAAUGAAUAGAUUUAUUAUAGCUUGCAUAACAAAACUACAUAUAGUGUUUGUUGUAAUAUUGGGUGCUAUUGGAAUUGCCAGUAUUGUUGUAGUUUUCUACUUUCCUGGGCUCCAGUUGCCAGACUCUAACCAAUUCCAGUUGUUUCAGACAUCACAUCCAUUCGAACAAUAUGAUAUGCUAUACAGGGAUAAAUUUCUUUUCGAACGGUUUGGUAAAGACAUAGGGACUGGCAGUAAAAUGCCUUUGCGAUGGGUAUGGGGCAUUGAGGCUAUUGAUAAUAGUAAUCAUAUGAAUCCAGCUUCAAAAGGAUAUUUAGUGUUUGACGACAGCUUCUCAAUAUCCGAUCCGAAAUCACAGUUGUGGUUGCUCGAUUUUUGCAAUAGGCUUAAAACUCAGCCCUUUUACCAGCCAACUCUAGGCCCUCUGCUUCCUAACUGUUUCAUUGAAAGUUUCAGAACUUUUAUGAGCCGACGUUGUAUAGAUAACAUAGACAGAAUAAACAGAACACCUUGUUGUGACAUAUCAAGAUUUCCCUACAAGAAGGAAGUUUUCAACUUUUGCAUUGUUAAAGCAAUGGAAUCACUUUAUCAAACAUCACGUGAACUUUUCAUGCCAGGAGUAGCUGGGCCAAAGUUUUUGAGGAGAGCCAGUCCGCCAACUGUUGCCGCCAUUGUUGUAGAAUUUGAAAGCGUUGUUCCUUAUUCAAUGUCCUAUGCAGCAAUGAAUACGUUUUUCCUGCAUGUUGAAAACUGGACUCUACAUGAAUUGGUGUCCGCUCCACCUGGCUUGAAACGGGGCUGGUUUUUAUCAGAUUUUCAAUUUUACGAUUUACAGAGAACUUUAGCGAGUGGUACUGUGAUGGCUUUAUUAUUAUCCGCUAGCUUAGGUUUCGUGGUUCUAAUACCGGCCACAUUUAGUUUUGUCGUCAGUGUCUGUGCGCUUAGCGCUAUGAUAUUUUCAGCGACUGUCACGAUCGCUAUUUUAGUGUUAAGUGAAUGGAAGCUCAAUGUACUGGAAAGCGUAGCUAUAUCGACUUCAGCAGGGUUAGCUGUAGAUUUUAGUCUUCACUACGCUUUGAGUUACACCAGUGCCUAUGGUCCAAAAUCUGCCAGAGUGAAAUAUGCACUCUCAGCUUCUGCAGGGCCCACCGCUGCUGCCGCACUCACUUCGGGCUUUGCGGGGAUAUUUCUUUUACGUUCUAAUCUUCUCCCUUACUCUCAGAUAGGUACAUUUUUGGCUUUGAUCAUGUCAAUCAGUUGGGUUUACGCAACAUUCUUUUUGUGUUCUUUGCUCUUUAUCUUCGGUCGUACUGCAUCAAAAGAUACUCCCAUAGAAGAUAGGAAAUCGGCCUCACGUGUUAGUUCCGUUUGCUCAGGAGUUCCCAAUUUGGAAAGUCAUGAGUUGGAGCAUCUGGCUGACAGUAAUCGUACGAAUGUCACUCAUUCCCAUAGUCCUUCCAACAUCAGCGCCACUACUGUUGUUUUGCACGAUGACUUUGAAUCUCAAAGAAAAUUGUCAUCGGACAAAAAAGCCAGUAUUGCGGAAGGUACACUAUCAAAUGACGACGACUGAAUGUUAAUCUUAUUAUAGUACUUAGGACUAUUUUUCACGUUUAACUGGUGUUAAAUUAUUUGAAUAUCUGAGGAAGUUUUUUGUAGCCUUUUUGACUUUUUUGCCCCGUUUACUUUUUGUAAAUAGUUAUUAUUAUUGAAUCUCAAAUAGUAGGAAUGAUUGUGACAAUAAUUACCACAUAUACCUAUAGUUCAUGUACGUACGACAAUACAAGAUUUAAUCGAGCUUAGCUUGAUCACUGUUAUCGUGUUGUGUUACAAAAAAUAUGAUGUUAUUAAUUUGAAACGAAUGUUGCGAUACAAUAUCUUCCCGCGCUUGUGUUACUAUUUUGCACAAACCUAAAUCGCAAAUGAACAGUAUUCCAUAUAUUCAAGGUACCGUACCUUUGUAAUCUAUGUCAAUUUACAAACAAAAUGUUAUUCAUCGAAAUAUAAUAUAAUAU